AUGGGCUCUCCGGUGAAAAUCUUUAGACCACCUGCGAGUCGAGGGCCGACUGGGUAUGGCAUUUGUCCCAGGCCUGGUGGCGCAAGGCCUGCGAGUGCCGGCAGCAACAGCACCAGAAGUGGAAGCCGGCCGAGCAGUCCGGGAAGUCCCGACAUUUUUGCCUCUCCAAAGGCCCCUCGGCCCCGCUAUGUUCGGAACCACCGUGGCUUGAGAUUUGAGACAACAGACCGCUUUGCCCCGGACGAGCCGUUUUGGGGCACUGUGAAGCGGCGACCGGCAAGCGCCCGACGAGCGGAAAGUUCACUGCAAACUCAAGCAGAGCCCAGCAAUCAACAGUUGCUGGAGAUUGUCCCAGCGGAAGUACGGGAAAAGGUGAAAAGCACGGCGGGCAGUAGAGGCGCUUUGGUGAUCGAGAUGCUUUGGAGCAGCAGUUCCUACCUCCCAGCCCACGACAACGGUCGCAAGUACAUCUCCAUGGCCUCUGAACUGGUGGAUCUCAUGGCCGGACGACUGUCCAAUGGUGAGCCCUUUAGGGUGCUGACGAUUGAGGAGCCGGUGAACGUGAAGAAAGGUCUGUACGACAAGUUCAGCGAGCGCGAGCGCACCAGCGGGGCACUGGCAUCCAACGUGUCGCACGCCAACGGCACGGCCAGCAGAGUUGGUGCCUUUGAGGUGCAUCUGCUGCAGGAUGUGUGGAAUGCCAAGCUUUGCAGCGCAUCUGCAAAUCAUCACCAAGGUCCCCCAGUCAUCACCUCCGAUGGCAUCCUCUGCGCGGCUUGCGCAGCAUCCAGUGCCGGCGGUCUGGCGGGCGAGCAGAUGCAGCAUUUGUUGCUCCAUUCCAAGUUGUGGACACGGCGUUGGCCUUCGCUUCUUGGGGUCCUGGCUCUCACUGCCGCUCUGGUGAUCGAAGCUCCUCCUGAAGUCCCACAGCCUGCGGUGAUUCGACCGGUGACGUUUCAACGCCGCAAAUGUCCCGAAUUGCGCCGCGGCAGCUCUAUCUUUUUUCAGCCAAAGGACGUGUCACUUCCGGAAGAUCCAAAAAGAAAGUUGAAACGCGAGAUCCAAAAGCGAUUGGAUGAUUUGGGGUGCGAAUGCCAGCAGGAGUGGUUUGUGGCGACAGGUGCUGGCAACAUCCUCUCCACCUGCGGCAAGAAUUGUCACAAACUGGAGAUUCAGGAGGUCCUGCCAUUGCUGGUCGAUACAGCCCGACUGAAAGAAGAUGAAUUUCGGGACUUUGUCAAAUGUAAAAGUUCUGAGUGGAGCGCCCAGCCACUGAGUGACUUCAUUUUCCACUUCGUGGAUGAGUCCAUGCACUUGGUGCGACAUAGGAAUCGCCAUGACUAUGCCAGAUAUGAUCGUCAAGUGCUGCGACGGGAACAAGAGAAGGAGAAGCGCAUCGAAGUCGCCUCUGAAAUUCGUCGGACUCGAAGAAGGUCGACCACUGUGGUUCUGGAGUAUCAGAUCCGCUUUGAAGAGGGCCAAGAUCGAGCGGAGCAGAUCUUUGUGUCGCUCUGUGUCCAUCUGAUCCGCAAAGUUCCGCGCCACGGCCUGACGUUGCAGCGCCUCGAGGAGGGCCUGGCGGAUGCUUCGGAGGCGCAGAAGCUGCUGCAGCAGGCGCUGCGCAUCAACGAGCUGCGGCGCAAGCGCUGGGAGACGUGGUAUCAGACGCUGGACAGCUGGAAAAGGGAUGACACGGAGAAGGAGAAGGAGCUCUUCUCUACAAUCCUCAGCCACCGGAAGGAUCUUCGUGAUGCCUCCAUGGCACGGGAACAGGAUGGAGAUAUGGAGACGCGUCUGUCUCGUCUUGAGACAGAGAUCGAGAGCUUUUACAGCAGGAUUCGGCAAACAUGUGUAAAGCCUAACGAGCACCAGCAGGAUAUUGAUGAAUUAGAGAGGCAGGUUGACCGAGCUCAAACGGAAUAUAUUGAGAUUGUUGAGGCUUAA